AUGAGCGCAGACACGGUGGAACAGUCGGAGGCUCCAGGUGAACAGGCGGAUUUAGAGCAAAACAGAAUCGACUUCAAUCGACAAAUAAAGACAGAGGCCAUCAACGACUCACCUCAUUCAGCUUCCACACUGAAGACAUGUCAGCUUACACAAAGCUCUCCCGUGCCUGGAGGUCAACUGACUGGGGAGCUCACCUCUUUCCACACCAUGCAGCAGCUGGUUCUGAUGCCACCGUCUCACCUGUCAUCUCCUUCCUCUUUUCUGCUCUCCCAGAGCCCCACCAGCCACCAAGCUCUUCUGCAGCAGAACCUGCUGUGCCUUCCUAGCCAGAGUCAAACUAGCCUUCUCCAGCAUCAGCCUGGACUGGCUCUUACUCCACAGGCUAUGAGUCGCUCUGGUCUGGCAGGACCAUCUAUGGAGAACCACAUGGACAUGUCUCACCUGCAAAUGCCCAAACAUAUGUCCAUACCACCACAGGAAGAACCCAGUGAUCUGGAGGAACUGGAACAAUUUGCGAAAGCAUUCAAGCAAAGACGCAUCAAACUGGGCUUCACUCAGGGAGAUGUGGGCCUUGCGAUGGGAAAACUGUACGGGAAUGAUUUCAGCCAGACCACAAUCUCUCGCUUCGAGGCUCUCAACCUCAGCUUCAAAAACAUGUGCAAGCUCAAACCUCUGCUGGAGAAAUGGCUGAAUGAUGCAGAGAACUCGCCUUCUGACUCGAUGAGCAACGCCACCUCUCUGCCGCCCCUGAUGGAGGGCUACGGCCGCAAGCGAAAAAAGAGGACAAGCAUUGAAACCAACAUCAAGCUGACUCUGGAGAAACGUUUCCUUGACAACCCCAAGCCCAACUCCGAGGAGAUAACCCUGAUCUCAGAGCAGCUGUCCAUGGAGAAGGAGGUGGUUCGAGUUUGGUUCUGUAAUCGGCGUCAGAAGGAGAAGAGGAUCUACUGCCCGGUGGCUAGUUUACCUGUCAAAUCACACAGCUACAACUCCAGAAUGGCCCCGGCAUCCAGAUCCUACAGCCCUCUGGCUUCAGGUGGAGUUUCAGCGAAUUCCUCUCCAAACAGCGCAAGCCCUGAAGCUUCUCCCAACAGCCUGUCCACAGCCUCCUUAACGUCUCAGGCCAACCCAGCUUCCUACAGUACACCAGGCUCCUGGUACCGCACGUGGAAUCCUGCCACAUAUCAUCACUGA